UGACCAUCGUCACCAUUUUUAUCUGUACACAUUGAUUCAGUUUGCGUGAGCUUGUACUUGAGUUCUCAGUCUCGGAGGAAGAGCCCGCGUAUUGCUCGGGAGGGUUUCGAAGCUCCUGCUCUGCAUUAGAUUCUUGGGGUAUUGGAAGUUUUUUAGAAGCUGGGAUGUCUUUGGCGUUAGCACAGAUGGUGCGUGUAUAGUCCUGUGAGAAGGUCUCCUAAAAGAAGCUGCCUUUGUAAAUGUGAAAUCCGUAGGUACCUCACUUCAAUCUAAGCACUUUGACAACGAAGGUGCAUUCUACCGAUCGCCUUCGAUUUGUUUUCAUUGGCUACACUUAUUGCGAAAGAGAGUAUUGAAACGUUACGAUGGCAUCUUCGUGUGCUCUUCUUUGAGGUGUUGUAGGCACAGCACGACUUCGUGUCCCUGGAUCAAGGAUAGUCUCUGCCAGCGUGCGAAGGAGAAAUGGAGUGCCGAUUUUGCACAACAUAUGUAAAAGCUACUAGCUUCCCAGAAUGAAACGCAGGUAUGGACAAAUUUUUGCCUGUAAGGAGGAACCGCAGCUCUGCCGGAUAUUACGAAUGGCCUGAGAAGGUGAAAUAUUCUCUACUUGCGUUAGCUAAAGGUCCUGGAGCUAGCCAUGUAGAUAGCGGGGAAGCACUCUAUUAUUGCAUAGUUGACAUGCAAGGAGAAAGUGGAUUUUUAAAUACGCACCACAUGGCACGGUGCACUUCAGACGGAAUCUCCCUUUUUUUCGAUGACCUCCUGUCCCGGUCUGAUGCAAAAUCAUUCUUUCAUCAAGUGUUGCCUGGGAUCGCAGAACUUGCACUCUCCUUACCGGCUCUGCUGCAAAACCAGUCUAAUGAUCUGGCUAUGCUUUUUACGUUGCACAGUAGAGGAAAAGAUGUGGGCUCUUGCACAGAGUUGCGGCCGGAUAUGGGUUUGAAGCUCCUGCGCGAUCAACAGCGAGGGAUAGUAGUGUUGAGCCAGCGUCUCGUGGCCUCGCUAUUGGCUUGUUCUUUCUUGUGUCUCUACCCGUCCUCAGAGCGUAGGCAAGAGAAUUUGCCACACAUGAAUAUCGACCGGCUAUUUGCAGGAAUUUAUGAGAGAGGGGAGAGCAUUGAGCAUAAGCUUCUCUGUCUCCUUCAUUAUUUUGAACGAGUCUGUCAGAACAUGCCUGAAGGUGUGGUUUCGUUUGAACGGAAAGUUAUUUCCUUACAGAAUUUGAAAUAUAGUAAUACAUUUUGGAGCAGUAGCACAACUUCCAUAUGUCCUCUCACGGUUGUUGUUGACGGCUCAAUUGAGGAUCUCGGUCAAGACUGCUUGCAAGUUGAUUUUGCGAAUAGACUGCUUGGAGGUGGGGCGCUUGGAGACGGCUGCGUUCAGGAGGAGAUUCGGUUUAUGAUCAACCCUGAGCUUGCUGCGGGAAUGGUCUUCCUGCCAGUGAUGGCUUCGAAUGAAUCCAUAGAAAUAGUUGGUGCAGAGAGGUACUGCUCUUAUACAGGCUAUGCUUCAAGUUUUCGCUUCAAUGGCGACUUCCGUGAUGUGAUGCCCAGAGAUGCUUGGGGACGGAGACGAACGCACGUUAUUGCAAUUGAUGCUCUCUCUCAACCAGGUGACGAUCAAUUUCGUCUUCCUUAUAGAGUGCGAGAGUUAACCAAGGCAUAUUGUGGGUUCCUGAAUUCUGCCAGGUUGAGAGAUAAUGCUGUAAAUUGGAAACCAUUCAGGCAGUCCGCAAAAUCGAAGGGUCGUGUGGUGAAUGAGUCGGAGGAUUUAGUACAGAGUGGUGAUUCACAGACUAGCGAUUUCUCCAUUGAGUCACCUCUCAUUGUGGAUACACGUGAUGAAUGUAGUAAGUCCGUAGUUAUAAAACCCAAUGAUACUACUGGCACGAGCGGACAAUUUCAAGACAAAGAUGGUGAUAAAAUGGGUGCUGAAAUUAGAGACGAACUUGGCAUAGCGACUGGAAACUGGGGCUGUGGUGUCUUUGGAGGCAAUCUGCCACUUAAGUGCAUGUUACAAUGGUUAGCAGCCUCACAAGCACGGCGUCCGUAUUUGUUGUAUUUCUCCUUCCAGAACCCCGAUGCCCAACGUUUACAGGAGGUGGCGGAUUGGAUUCUGCAAGAAGAAUGGGUUGUUGGGGAGUUGUGGAGUUUGGUCUCUGAGUAUGCUUCAAACAAUAUCUUCAGAGUGAGUCUCUUUGACUGGAUACUACCUCUCCCGGAAACCGAACUAGGCAUCUUACAACAAUCACAUGUUAAAAGACAUGGUCAACGAGAAGUGGUCCGACAUAGAUGAAACGUCUGCAAUAGGAAUUGAGCAUGAAUGCCUUAGUGUAGAAUAGAACAAUUAGAAGUACAAUUUUGGAAGUAUUCAUUAAAACAAUAGCACAAUGGUUUAUUGUUUAGGGUUUUGGCAGCUACCCUCUACAAAGUGAAUCAUUCAUUUCAACAGCCUACUUGAGUAGCUUAACAAGCAAAAUUCCAAGUUUGUACGAACAUUCCAUGUAUUCUAAAGUAGCUUAACAAGCUAAAUUCCAAGUUUGUAUAAACAUUCCAUGUAUUCUAAAGUA